AUGGAUCCGGCACGGCUGAACCACCUCCUCGACAACUUCUUCACCUUUGUCCACUGUACCCUGUUGGCGACGUCGGACAUUGUGGACGCGCAAUGCCUCUUCCUCUCGGGCGUCUACUGCAUGACCGUCUUCCAGCCCAUCUUUGCUUGGCGGUACUUUGCACAAGCCCUGGCCGCAUGCCAGCAUUUCCCGUUCCUGACGAGGGCCCAGCAACAGACGCACGCGGACGCAGGCUUCUCGGCAGAAGAGAUGGACAUGGGAAGUCGUGACACGCAUGAGAAAGCCGUCUACCGGUCGGCCUGGAAAUCCGAACAGGAGCUGCGCUCAGACUUGUCCAUGCCAGACUUUGGCGUCAGUCACUCGGGCAGCACGCUCUAUCCGCCCUUCUUCCCCACGCCGCCGGGCCCCCAGCUCAGCCUGUCUCCCGGGGCCGUGCCCGAACCUCACGAGCAGCGCGCCAGGAAGGCGUGGCUCUUCUACCUGGCGGAGAUCUCGCUGCGCCGACUCAACAGCAGGCUGUGUAGCGAGAUCCUCACACUGCGAAGUACGUAUCCCUCGACCAUGGCCUUUCUCGAGGCUCUCUGUAAUAUGAUAUCCGAGUACGAGGCCCAAGCCCAGGAGUGGGCGGCCAGCCUGCCAGAGCUCUUAUCGGUCCGCGACACCGACGCUGCUGACGACGACGUCUGUCGCUCCGUGCUUCGCUGUCACCUUGUGAAUCUUUUCGAGCUCAUAUUUUGGGCCAUCACGAUGGCUUGCCUCAGCGUCCCCGGCAAGGGACAGGUCCGUCUAUCAGAGAGGACGAGGGAGAUGGGUCGUAGAGGGCUGGAAGCACACGUCAAUCGGCUGCGGUCGAACGAGCCUGGGCUGGCGCAUCGCCAUCACGGGACCCUUUUCAUGAUCAAAUGCUGUAGCCGUAGCGCUUUGACGCUGCUAGCCGCUCACGAAAGGGGGAUGCAGAUGCCUCCUGGAUGGGUGGACGCCGUAUACAAAGGCUUGGGUAUGCUGCAACAUUGGGCGCCAGAGGUGCCCGAACUCGUGGCAUGGAAGGCCAUUGUCCAAGAGAGCCUGGACAAGUCUGUAGCGUAUUGA